GCCUCGACAAGCGGGACCCAUUUCGUGAUGAACGGGCGGCCGUUCUACACUAACGGGUUCAAUGCUUAUUGGAUGAUGUACAUGGCGGGUGACCCGUCGACGAGAUAUCAAGUCUCCAAUGCUUUCCAGCAAGCAAAAAGUCACGGUUUGAAUGUUGUGAGGACUUGGGCUUUUAGUGAUGGUGGCUAUAGAGCGCUUCAGAUUUCCCCUGGCUAUUACAGCGAGGACAUGUUCAAGGCAUUGGACUUUGUGAUAUCUGAGGCUAGAAACAAUGGAAUUUAUCUGAUACUUAGUUUGGUUAAUAACUGGGAGGGGUAUGGAGGGAAGAAGCAGUAUGUUCAAUGGGCUAGAGAUCAAGGGCAGUGGUUGAACUCUGAUGAUGAUUUCUUUAGGAACUAUCUCACAAAGCAAUUCUUUAAGAACCAUAUCAAGGCUGUUCUCACAAGAGUUAACUCGAUCACGGGAGUAAUGUACAAGGAUGAUCCCACUAUCUUUGCAUGGGAGCUCAUGAACGAGCCCCGUUGUCAGAGCGAUAACUCUGGAUCAACCCUACAGAAUUGGAUAUCUGAAAUGACUUGUUAUGUGAAAUCUAUAGAUGGCAACCACAUGCUUGAAGCUGGGCUUGAAGGAUUCUUUGGCGAGUCAAGGCCUGAUAGGAAACAAUACAAUCCUGGUUAUGAGGUUGGGUCUGAUUUUAUUGCAAAUAAUCAGAUCCCUCAAAUCGAUUUCACCACCAUUCACAUCUACCCUGAUCAAUGGAUCAAUGGAGCAGACGACAACGCCCAAACUUCAUUUCUUCAGAGCUGGAUCACGUCGCACUCCCAAGACUCAGCUUCCAUGGGAAAACCACUGAUGGUCACAGAAUUUGGAAGAUCAAAUAGGCAAUUCAACACGGCUCAGAGGGAUGCUUACUACUGGACAGCCUACAACAGCAUCUAUUCGUCCGCCAGAAAUGGAGGCUCUUGCGCCGGUGGGCUUUUCUGGCAGUAUCUUGGCCAAGGGAUGGACAACUUUAGAGACGGGUAUGAGGUAAUUUUCCAAGAAUGCCCCUCGACAGAGAGUAUAAUAUCGCAGCAGUCCCAGAGAAUGCAGAGCCUGAACAAUGCCAGGCCUAACGGGAAGAAUCUGGAGAAGGCCAAGAACUAGAUUAAUAAGAAAAAUAUUUACAGAAUUCCCUUUGCUUUGUUUCUUCGGAGGGAUGAGUUAUCGGUUCAUACAUUUGAAGAGAUAAAUCAACAAGAAAGAUAGGAUAUGUUAUGAUUUA